CCAUCAGUGUGAAUAAAGUGGCAAGUGGGAGUGGAUCAGCGCUCUCACUUGGCAGUGGGUCGUGGUGAAAGCGUCGGUGCGGCUCCUCCUCCUAACCUACCUUACGACUUGCAUGUGGAAAGUUGGUUCGUUUAGGUGACUGGUAACGGCUGGUGAAUAACAGAGUGUAUAACUACUCUUAUACUCAGCCAAUAGAAAAACAUCUGUCGAGAGGUAUAAAGAAGACCUAAACGUGUGAACAUCUAGACAUUCGUGAAAACGAGAAGAGACUGCUGAGAACGAACAAACACCACUAAAACCUAACUAGUCUGGUAAGGGAAGGGUGGAUAGAGAGGCCGUUAGCAUGUCUGGGGAAGCGAUUGUGGUUACCGUGCUUCUGAGGAUGGAGAGCGGUUUAGAAAGAACGUACUACUCACACUGAACACUGAUGAAGGGUUUACAUCAUUCCUAGUAAGAAGAGAGAAAAUGUUACUACUACGUCAUACAACUAUUGUUGCUGCUGCUGCUGAUGUUGAUGCUGCCCCUAAUGCUAUUUAUCUGCAGCUAACUGAACGAUACAAUUAAAGUGUGAAAUAUAUGACUUAGGAGAAGUAUACAGAUGUAUGCGCAAAUACCGUGGCAGUGAAGUAAAUCAACACACGAAAACUAAAGCGAUAAAUUACUGCGAUCCGGAAUGCAUAAGUCCCACUUGAAAAAGAUAGCUUCUACUUCCAUUUUCUUUGUUUUUUUACUUUCACUUUUUAGGAAUGCUCCUAUCGAAGGUGAUAGUAAAAGGAAAAGUCAUUCUGCUUCGUCCAUUUUUUCAUUACAUCGCUACCAAUAUAGGGUUUUGAACAAGUCGGCUUCUCUCCAAACUGUACCCAGCGACCGUCUAGAAAAAACUCAUGUUAAUCAUGAAACGAAAACAGAAGACAGGCUUCAGUAUGAUUCUCCGCACGGAUUACCCGACAAUGAAGAGAAAAUUCCAUGUUUUACGCAGUCGUGCCACAAAACUGUCAUGGAGAGACAAAUGAACAUGGAUGUAUCGGAACUUGGUCAAAAUACACCUCAAGAUUAUGAAUACUUCCUCUCUUCCUUGUCAGCCCUCGCCAACAUUACCACUAUCGGGAAUCCCGUGCAAAAGGACAUUUUAGGGAGAAGAUCUUGGGGUAGCCACCCAUUACCUUCCAGAACAGAGUUCACAGCCAGAGCUGGGACACGCUGGGUGACUUUCUUCCAUGACCAGGCUGUAGCGGCAGUGCUCCUCUCAACUAAUAACACUAUUCACGACUGCAUCGUGCAGGAGGUCAUAGAAAAGUGGGAGCAACGCAAGGCUCUGGAUUACCUCGGGGAAAUUAUGCCUUUGCAACCGGUGAAGUUACCCGCAAUGGUGCACUUAUCCACCCACUGUGGUUUCUUAAACACCCCCCGGCCUACUUUACCAGGACAAGCAGCGAACAGCCUUAAUCUGUUCAGUCAAGGUCUUUCGAUACUGCAAGGGAUCCUUCCUGGGACCCUUUGGUGUGGAAGGAGUGACCAAGCUGUUACCUACCGACAACUUGGAUUCCGAACAGCGCUGGAUUCAUGCUGCCGUACUCACGACCACUGUCCAGUCAAGCUGUUGCCCAUGACUUCCAACUACGGCCUGACCAAUAUCAGCCUCAAAACCAAGUCUCACUGCUUGUGCGAUCUGGAAUUUUACCGGUGCCUGAAGGCCGCCGGCCAGACUGAUCCUGUCGCUAAAGCAGUCGGGGAGGUGUACUUCAAUAUCCUUCAGUUGGAUUGUUUGAGCACAAGAUCCAUAGACUCUUUUCGUGUUGCUGACGAUGGAUCACGUGUCACCACGCCUACAGACUCGCAGAAAGAACAAUCGUAUCAGCACAAGUCCACAGCAGCUGUCAAUCUCUCUAGUCCCCGCAUGGAGUGCUCUCGACGAGAUUCUAACGGAGGAUGCCGCAUGUGGCUCAUAAACCCACGGGCGUACACCCAACGCCUCCAAUUUACACACUCUAACUUAACAUUCUGAAAUGAUCAUGUUAGCCGAGAGAGAGAGAGAGAGAGAGAGAGAGAGAGAGAGAGAGAGAGAGAGAGAGAGAGAGAGAGAGAAUGUAUGUGUGUGGGAGGGAGGGGUAUAAUAUUUGAAUUAUCUAAAAAUUUUACCCAAAAAAUAACUUUGUCUUUAUUAUUCAACAACGCUUCUUAACAAAGAAUUGUCCCAGGUCACAAUUAAUCUCCCUGCAUUCACUAUAUGUAUUCCAUGAUAGUGUGUGUGUGUGUGUGUGUGUGUGUGUGUGUGUGUGUGUGUGUGUGUGUGUUUAACAUGUGACACUGGAGAUCGAUUGAGGAGCUAAGCUUAUACUGUAGGAAGCUACCGUCUCCAUAUAACUUUUAUCCAACUUUUCCUUAGAAUCACGAAUAUUUCUAGCAUAUAAUUAUCACCUCUCCCUACAGUGCAUUCUAUGCCUCAAUUAAACUACUAUAAAAGAAGCUAAACAUUACAUGUGUGUGUGUGUGUGUGUGUGUGUGUGUGUGUGUUACAGGUAUAAUCCAAAAAUUAAACAUUUUUGUGUGGGUAAUAUUUUGUAUUUCAUCACUGUCAUCAUCAUCAUCAUCAUCAUCAUCAUCACUAUCAUUUUCAUCACCCUCCUCCUCCUCAUCAUCAUCGAUCAUCAUUAUCAUCAUCAUCAUCAUCACUUUCAUCAUCAUCAUCAUCAUCAUCAUACUUUUAUCAUCAUCACCAUCAUCAUCAUCUUCUUCAUCAUCAUCAUCUUUAUCAUCAUAAUCAUCAUCGUCAUUCAAUGCUACCGUAAACUGCCUUCUGCCAGCAGCUUUCUCGACCAGUUCAUCGCUAUUCUCCCGUAAGUCUUGUGAAAGCAUUUCUGUUCAGUAAUAAUGUAAGCGGGCCGUUUCUCACAAUACUGCAUUGGUUACUAAAUACGCUUCAGUUGAUUUUCAUUUAUAUUUUUUAACAAUAGUUUGUGCUAAAUAAACAUAUAUAUUUGUGUG